AUGCCCCUCAUGAGAAUCAGAAGCGUCGAAAUAGUAUUUGAAGAUGAAAUAUCAACAUACACUGACACUAAUCUAUUAGACCACAGUAUAGAAUUGAUUGUUUCCGACAGUGACGACUCCACUAAAUGUGUGGACGAUUUGGAACAACUCCACGAAAACGAAGACUCGGUCACUUUAAACCCAGAAGUCGAUUUAUCAGAUGAUAAUUCAGCUUCGAAUAUCGAUGUCCCGAAAUGUAUCGAGAACAUCCAGAUAUCUGAAGACUCCACAGCUAUCGAUGAUACGAUAUCGAUAAAUAUAUCGGAAUGGUGCGAUUCGGGACGCUUCACUGAGGAGGCUUCGUCAUCUCACAUCGAAGUUCCAGUAUUGUAUUCGGACGCUGUGCUUUCCAAUUCGUACGACGCCGUCAAUGUUGAUGAAUCGAUUAUCAGCGUGUUCGAGGCGGAAAUCGAUAAAAAAAAGCUUUACGAGUACAUCGAUAGUGACAGCGAUAGUUCGGACAACACGGCCGUAUGUGACGAUACUGAGAAUCUGAAAACAUCCGACGGUAACUUGGAAGACACUCUGUGCGACGCUAAUGAUCUUCAAUACGAUUCGUUUGUUGAUAUUGGUAAAUUU